AUGAAGAUUUGGACUUCAGAGCACACAUUUAACCAUCCUUGGGAGACAGUUGCUCAAGCGGCUUGGCGUAAAUACCCAAAUCCUAUGAAUCCAGCUGUUGUCGGAAUCGAUGUCGUCGAAAGAAAAGUUGUAGAUGGUGUUUUACAUACCCACAGACUUGUUAGCUCUAAGUGGUUUUUCCCUAGAUGGGCACAGGCCCUUAUUGGUACUGCAAAAAUCUGCUAUGCAAGUGAACAAUCUGAAGUCAAUCCCAAUCAGCGCCAAAUGGUGUUAAAGACUACCAACUUGACUUUUUGUCGUUACAUUGCUGUGGAUGAAACUGUUCGGUAUACACCGCACCCAUCAGAUGCUUCAAAGACCCUUCUUACUCAAGAAGCAGUUGUCACUGUACAAGGUGUACCGCUGAGCAGUUAUAUGGAAGAUUUACUUACAAACAAAAUAUCACUUAAUGCUGGUAAAGGUCGUCAAGCGAUUGAAUGGGUAAUUGGAAAGUUUGAUAAUGAAAUCAAAGAAUUAGCUACAUCUGCAUGCAAAAGUACCGAUGAACUGCUUUCUCAAACAAAAAAGUCAAUUGAUGAUAUAACUACAACUGCAAGACGAUCCAUGGAUGAUAUAUCUUCUAAGGCUAAGAAAUCUUUAGACGACAUAGAGAAAUUCACGAAAGCUAACGCAAAUCAACGUAGCUGA